AUGGCUCAAGUACCAAACGCAGAUGGUUUCAAAAACCAGCUUGAAGCCAAAGCCGUCACGUACCACGACAUCGCCACUAAAUUACUGCAUGACAAAUUCCUGCUGACUGCUUUGGAACUGCACACAGAACUGGUCGAAUGUGGACGGGAAGUCAAGCAGUUGAAGGACUUUUUCUCAAAUCCGGGGAAUUUUGAAGUUCCCUGGCAGGACACUUCAUCGCGGAUUUCGCGCUCUGAAAGUCAGGUCACUUUGGAUAGUCUAGAUUUGACCAGAUAUUCAGAGGAUGGGGCUGGGACUGAUGAAAGGAUUGCAGUCCUUGAAUUCGAGCUGAGAAAAGCAAAAGAAACCAUCAAUGCGCUAAGAAACAAUUUAACAAUGGCAACAGAAUCUGAAACCAGCACUCCUGAUAAGGGAUGCAUGAGACACUUGAACACCGACGUAAUUAAACCUCACGAACAAAGAGCCUUAAAUUUUUUAAUCAAUGAAUACCUUCUUUUAAACUCGUACAAACUAACUUCCAUAACUUUCGCUGAUGAAAAUCAACAUCAGGAUUUUGAUGAUUGGGACGACGUUGGUUUGAAUAUUUCCAAGCCACCCGAACUCAUCACUUUGUAUAGGGAGUGUUUCAAACAGACGAGCUUAGACCGUUUGUCCACUGGUACACAAACCGAUUUCGACCUCAGCUCUUACGAAAAUUUGCGACAAAAAAUCAUUGAACAGGAGGAAGAUUUGAAAAAGUUGGAGGCUAAAUACAAGAAUCUUGAAUCGGAAUAUAACGAACUCAAAAGUAUUAAAGAAACCGAGCUUUUGCCUAGUCAAAAUAAAAGCACACCCAACAGCAAAGACUCUCUCGGAAGUGAAUCUCCGUCCGAAAGGUUUGAAAUUAUCGACAAAAACAUGACAAGUUUUAAGAAAAGGGACAGUAUUAUAACUUUAGAAGAUAACAUUUCAAACAGCAGUCUCAACGUAAAUGACUGGACCAACUUGACGAUUACUACACAUGACAGCGUUAAUAACGAAAGUGCCACAAAGGGAAUCGACUCACCUAAGGAAAAAGCUUCCAAGUUAAUUAAUAUCGAUAUUAGUCAAGAACCGUUUAUAAAGGAAGUGUUCUCGUUAUGCUACGUCAAUAUUCCGCAAAAAGUGGACAACGAGAUACUAGACGACAUUUUAAACUACUCAGUAACCAACGAAAAUUUGGUUCACACUUUAUCCUUGUCUCUCUUGAAAAUUAUUCCCAACAUUAUUUUAAACAAACGGGAAGAUGCGAUUCCCUUGCUUAUAGGCGCAGUCCAGUUAAAUUCAAACAGUGGUGAACGCGAUAAGUUGUUGCAACAGUUGUUUAAUCUGAAAAAGAAGCCGUCUGAUACGGAACGAAUAAUGAUUCUCACAGGGUUAGUCGGGAUUGCCAAAUAUUCGGGAGAAAAUUUAGUGGAGAAUGAGAUUUUGCCGCAGUGUUGGGAACAACUGACUGAUAAGCAUGUGGAAAAGCGGCUGCUUGUGGCGGAGGCUUGCACAGCCCUGAUUCCCUACGUUUCAAGCCAGAUCCGAAACUCGCUCAUUCUGUCAAUGUUGCAACAACUCCUCGAAGAUCGCGAAGACCUAGUCAGGGAGGCAGUCAUCAGAGCUUUAUCUUUAGUCAUGGUUUUAUGUGAAGACUCUGAUAAAUACCUUCAGUGUGAAGAAAUAACGCUAAAUAUUUUAAACGACCCUAGUGCCAGUAUCGUCAAUCUGGCGAUUCAAAUUUUAAUCCCGGUUUUAGGAAAGUGGGCUUUAUCCAUAGGGCGCCUCAAGUCGCACUUAAUUAAGUAUCUUUUGCACAAACUUAGCGACUAUUCUCGGGAUUUUGAGUCGAGUAAACAGUCGAAUAAAAUACUGUGCAUUAUUGAGGUCUUGGAGGCUUUGAUGCCGUUUGUGUUAAUAUCGGUGGUUUUGCACGAACAGGUUGUUUCAAAUAUUGAGAAAGACAUGACGAUUGAUUUAAGAGCUGAUUUAAAUAAGUUAUGUUCGAAUUUAACCAAUCCCUCUGUUUUCUGCAAGUGGGACCAUAACGUGGGCAUGGUCCUUUACGAGUUUGAUAAAUAUAUCGCCUCAAACCCCACCAGUUCUUGGGACGAGAUGGCGUGGAUUCUGGACAUGAUGAUUCCAGAUUUGUUGAACAGCCUGAACCACAUUGACAUAACGUACCAGUCAAUUAUCCAAAAUUUCAUAAAUUUAUUCUCCCACAUUUGCAUCUUUUUCGGCAAAAGUUUCACAAAAUUUAAGAUACAGCCCAUCUUCCAAGUGCAAGUUAACAGUCUUGAGCAAAUUUUCUCAAACUUCAAUCAGUAUUCCCCAAGUUUGAACAUAAUUCCAGUAUAUCUAGUCUCCGUUUUAAGCUACUGUGAUCGAGACGAACUGUCAAUUGUUUUGAAAAAGUUUUUGUGUACUCUUCCCUUAUGCGGCACUCCGCUCGAUUGCUUAGAAGUUUCCGUCAAAGGAUUGUGUGAAAAUGGUUUACAAACACUUGUUGUGUCAAGUUUAUGGGAGGGGGUUGUCCACCAAAGUCCUCUAGUAAGAGCCGUCACUGCGGAUUUGUUUUCGGCAAUUGUGGGCUUUUGUGACAAGAAUCUUCUCAGUCUGAAGGUAACACCCGGUCUUGUUACGUUAGCCAGUGAUAAUGACACAUUGGUUAAAACGGCAGCAAUUCCAGCUCUGGGUACACUUGUGACAAACUGUAAUGAGAAAGAAAUACACGACAAGGUUUAUGUGCAAUUUCAGAAUUACUUAACCGAUCCCAGUGUGAAGGAAAAUCACACUGUGAUCAGGCAACUGAUCGUCACUUUGGGCAGCAUUGUAAAUCACUGCUCGGCGCAGUUCAGACAAGAAGUGAUCCUGCCGCAGCUAUCCUUAAUCUCAACGUACUUAUCGCAAAUGUCCAACCAGACCCGAAAAAUCGACUUAGCAAACGCCUUAAUCGAAGCUUUCACUACAGUAGUUUACAGUCCGUUUAACAAGCAAGACAUUACCUCACUCAUAAUCCCAGGCUUGCGCUGUUUGGAGACCGCAGUGACCGAAAACCAGUCACUAACCUGUCACCGAGACAUCAUCGGUUCGAUGAUCCGCGAAUGCGACGAUCACGCCGAAAGCUCCACUCACGCCCAACCAGAACACUCGAAUAAACUCCAGAACGUCAACCAAGGCGUUGAAGAGAUGAAGCAACGUAUGAGCAAAAUUUUCACUAAACCAGCUGGAUCCAAACCAAAUACCCUUCCAAACCUGCAAAGCAUUUUCAAGAAGAAGUGAUAGUGCCCUGAAGGAGGUAGCUCUCUUUCGCAAUCGCUAAAUAUUCUGUGAUUAACGGGAAUAGAGUAGAGUAGAGGUAGAGAUUUAAGAGAGAUCUUAUUGUUUUAUUAAAUUUUUCACUAAUUGAUAUUUUAUUACUUAAAAAUAUAACUAUUUAUCUUU